AUGCACGUCUCCGUGUUCCACCAUGCGGUCUCAACAUUCUAUGCCCCCAGCGAACUCGCGGAAACCACAGGAAUGCACAGAGAGCUCCUCAGAUGCAACCCGGACUGGAACUCGGGGAAAGGAAGGUACGAUCCAUGCUUCGUUAUGACCAAUCCGACCGAGAUUGGUCUCGAUGCCCUCACGGUGGCCCGCCUGCGAGUCUGCAUAUCCUUCACAUAUGAAGGUGUGCAGCACGAGUGCGCGCUGGUCGAAUGGUUUGAGAGGGACGUACUAGAUGUGGAGACAGGGAUGUUGACUGUUCGGCAUGAGCUCGAUGCGGACGAUGAAGAUCACGAACAUACGGACACUCUAGAUAGACUAGAACGUUUUUAUGUUAACUGGUACGCAGAUUAUCACGCUCACGAGCAUCUUUUGUAG